AGAACACUUGUGUAUAUUUUUUUCCAUGUAUGUAUGGUAAGUAUGUGCCACCGACAAAUCGCCUGAAUUAAUAUAAGACGCAUGCCUAACCUAACCUAACAUAACCUCUGAACCUGCGUGAUUGGUUAUUUGACUUAAAUCGGUUAUUUCAAAACGCUUCAAAAGCGCGGUAAUGGGUAACGGGCAAUGACAGUUUGGGUAGUUUGUGCAUGGUAAAAAAAAGGUCGAGUUUAAGAUUUAUUCUGCAUUUGAUAAUACGCGUACUGUUUAAUUACUCGGUAUAAGUUUAUUUGCCCAUUGGUUUAUAUUAUAAAACAUAAGAAUCAGCAAUCAUUCGAAAUUUCGUCUUUCCCUUGAAACGUCCCUUUCGUCCGAAGGGAAGACAGAAUUGGCGUUUCGGCGAAACAACAAGCGUUCAAUUAAGGUUAGAUUGGACUUGAAACAUUUAGGCGCGAACAAGUUUUCGUCUAAUCUGAAAUGGCAGAAAUAAAGGAGAAAAUGAUGACAUUCAAACAGUAUCAAGCGGAGCUGCAACGUAAACAAUUGCAAAAAGCAUUAACUCGUAAUAACGUCGUCGGCGACGGGAACAGGAAUACUGUGAAAUCAUGCCGAUCGCCUAGCAUUUCCAGCAUUCCGUUCGACAGUAGCUACUGUACUUCUCCGUUACAAACUGGUUCGGGGAUCGACAAGGAGAUAGUCUCCUCGAGUAAUAAUUUAAGAAAUAGUUAUUUAAAGAUGCAACACAUAAAUAGUAAUCAGAAAAAGAUUGUUGCAUCCAGUGUUAAGGGAAGUAGCAGGGAGAGCGACGAUGAAAUGGAUCGUCUUGCAAUGCCUCCACCCAAGUUUUACCCGUAUCUGUCUCAUAACAGUAGAAAAUCGUGCGGUAGAUCGUCUCGCGAGAACCUUUCGAAGCAGGACGAAUAUAUAUCCUCAGAUAUCGGACACGAAUCUUCUGAGAAAAAAUAUAUCUACAAACAUCCCAACUACGGUGAAAGAUGCCCUGAUACUUCCACUCCUUCGCGAAUCAAUACAGAUGGUUCCCCACGAAAUAGAAAGGCUCCAACUUUUCAGAAAUGGACAGUCGCUUUGAACGAACGAAGAGAAUUGAUAGUCAAAGGCAUGCUGGAGAGUGGACGACUCGCCAGAAGCAAACCUAUUUUAAAACGAUUGGGGAAUUCCAAACUCGAAUCUGUUUCUGGGCAUUUGUAUCACCUGCAAGGGGAUCUUGACGACGAAGACGACGAAUUACCGGAAUACGUCCGAGGCAAAUUUUACAAUGGAUUUCCCGAUGAUUGGGAAAAUGUCUACGAGAUUUGGAGAACGUACGUGAAGAAAGGAAGUAGUGUAACGUUUCGUUGGCCUACUCCCAUUACGGACAGCGACGAUGACAUAAACAGCGAAGUAACAGACAUCGUGUUCCCGAAUUUAAAGAGUUCUGAAAAAGAAGUACGAGAUUUCGACUCUUUCGGGGAAUCGCCCGAGGCCCCAUUCAACUCCGAGUCUAUUCACAAGCCGUUGCGAACAAAGGAUAAACGCGACGAUAGCUCGCACGAGCGUUUGAAAAUGAAUUCGUCCACACAAACGUCUAUCUCCGGCAUAACAGCACAUUUAACACAUACGGACAUGCGUUUGCCGUUAAACAAUUUUAUUCACGACGAUAAAGAAAACAUACACGCGGAUGCUUCCCGUGCUUCUGUCGCGGCAACGAAAUUAAUGAAUAUUGUGAACGUUAUAGUGAGUAACUUGACGGACAACAAUCAAUCCAUAGAGUGCAUCAACAAGUUUGCCACGAUGCUCGAGAUCUUUAGCAGUCUCCUAUUAAACGGAUCGAUUAAAGAAGGCGAUACCUCUAAGGGAGACUCGAAAUCGAUAGACGAACCGAACAGCCUUAACGUAACUUAUAAUUUUGCCGAGCGUCUUCAUUCCAAAUCGAGUCCUCCAUCGCGAAAUACCACGAAUAAAGAAACCGCGAUCUGUAAUAAUUUGUCGCAACGAAAGAGACCAUUUUCGAAAGCGAUUGGCGAUGAUAACGACAGCGACAACGAGGUUUACUCGGGAGUUACCAAAAUACAAUUAAGUCAGGUAAUACGGCAAAAGGAAACGGUACUGAAACCGUCUAAACGUAAACUAAGAAAGCAAGAAGUAUCACGUUCUCCGAACGAGUGUACUGCUACAUCCAACCAUACUGCUCACAGUUUCGCGGAGAAAGUGACGGAAGACAAUAAAAAACGUCGCAACGCUGAAUCCGACGAUUCUAGCAGAGAAAGCGAACGCUUAAGGGUAAAAAACUAUACAAGUCCGAAUACUCGGAGUGUCACGGAGAGGCGUCAAGCAGGGACGAAGGAGCUUACGAAAGACAAAAACGCAUGCGAUACUAAAGGCGAUUCUGUGCACGAGAACUCGUUCAAACCUAUCCCUCAAACAAGCCGAAUUGGGAAAGCGACGGAAGACAAUAAAAAACGUCGCAACGCUGAAUCCGACGAUUCUAGUGUUAGUAUAAUGUACGAAGAAAGCGAACGCUUAAGGGUAAAAAACUAUACAAGUCCGAAAACUCGGAGUGUCACGGAGAGGCGUCAAGCAGGGACGAAGGAGCUUACGAAAGAUAGAAACGCAUGCGAUACUAAAGGAGAUUCUGUGCACGAGAACUCGUUCAAACCUAUCCCUCAAACAAGCCGAAUUGGGAAAGCGACGGAAGACAAUAAAAAACGUCGCAACGCUGAAUCCGACGAUUCUAGUGUUAGUAUAAUGUACGAAGAAAGCGAACGCUUAAGGGUAAAAAACUAUACAAGUCCGAAAACUCGGAGUGUCACGGAGAGGCGUCAAGCAGGGACGAAGGAGCUUACGAAAGAUAGAAACGCAUGCGAUACUAAAGGAGAUUCUGUGCACGAGAACUCGUUCGAGCCUAUCCCCCAGACAAGUCGAAUUGGGAAAGUGACGGAAGAUAAUAAAAAACGUCGCAACGCUGAAUCCGACGAGUCUAGUAUUAGUAUAAUGUACGAGGAAAGCGAUCGUUUAAUGGUAAAAGACUGUACAAGUUCGAAUACUCGGAGUGUCGUGGAGAGGCGUCAACCAGGGAAAAAGAAGCUUGCGAAAGAUAGAAAUGCAUGCGAAACUAAAGGAGAUUCUCUGCACGAGAGAUCGUUCGAACCUACACCGCAAACAAGUCGAAGUACACGCCCUGUCUACGAUUCAUCGGUUAAGAGGGUGAAUAAUGACGAGAUGGUGGAAAAAAACUUGAGUAAAUAUAACGAAGAUAGGGACACUGUGCACGAUCAUCAAAAUGAUUCGUUCCUCGAAAAGAGUGGGAAAUCUAUAAACUCUCCCCGACUGCAACAUAUCUUGAAAAAAAUGACUGCGAAACCUAUGGUAAUUAGUUCCGUUCCUGUCGAUAUUAAAACUGUUAGCGCGCAAAUAAAUUGUUUAUCGAAAAACGGAAAGGAAAAUCUGUUUGAAGAUGCUGAAAGGAAAACCGGUAUUGUCAAGAUUGAGAGUGCUGAAAGUGAAUAUAAGAAUUUAAUACGGAGGAAGUCUCCUUUAAAAUGCGAUAAUAGAAAGAAGAGUACAAAUUUUUUUUUCGAUGAUAUGUAUAACAACGACGACGAUGACAAUCGGCAUACCGAAUCCAUUGAAGUGCCUGAAACUAAUAACAUCGAUUCUAUUGUUUCGAACAAAUCCUUGCAGGAGAACGAUAUAAUAGCUUCUAAAGAUAACAAUGAUAACUGCAAACCCAAAUUACUAUCGACUUGGACACCGAUAGUCAUUACAUGUGGAACUGAUUUAUGUUUAAUCUUCGAGGGAAACUUAAUAAACGAUGCUGGCCACGUGAUAACUAGAAAGUUCAAAACGGAUACGGUACUUCGUCGAGUAUCGGCGAGGCUGGUCGAGACGGCAAAUCAUGAAUUUUAUCAGCUGAUCGGCUCGCCGAGCGCGAAACACGUUGUACCUAAGAAAUUGUUAGAUCGAUGUCGUCAUGGUUGUCCCGCUAGGAUAGAACAGUUCUGUGAAGCGUGGGAAUCGUUGCAAGCCGAAAAUAAAAACAAACAAAAUGAAAUAAAAAAAAGUAAAUCGGAUUCAUCAAAAAAUACCGUAAGCGUCAGUGUAAGUUCCAAAGGCAGAAGAAUAAUAUCCCCAUUAAAUUAUUGGACAGGAGAACGCGUUACGCUAAAGGGCGAAGAUAUGAUAUACGUAUGCAGUGAUUCAAAAGAUAACUCUCAAAAUCCGAUCAGAAACAAUUACACGCCGAAACGAAAAAAAGAUAAUAGCACCGAUACACAACGCGAUUCUUCCGGAAAUGUUGAUGAUAAGAAGACGAGACGAGGAGAAUCGAAAGCAGAAGGAAACAUUCAAAUUAUCAACCGUAUCGAGCAAACGGCCGCGAAUCAUUCAUCUCCUCAAGUUGGAAAACAUGGUAAAAUAUUGUAUAGUUAUCAACGCGGUCCAGUGAUUCCAAGAGAAGAUGAUACUUCAUGCGAUGAAUAAAUCUCUCAAUUAUAAAUAAUAAAUUUUCUCAUUAAGUUUAAUACGUCAACUCCUAUUAGAUUUGUUUAAUAAAGUGAAACUUUUUAUUAUACGCUAUUUGGAUUUGGAAGGGUCAACAAAAAUUGUACAAGAUAAAAUUGUUUUAUUCAUUGAUCAGCGAUGUAAUUUAACAAGUGUAUAAAGUUUGUAAGAAACGUGUUGCAUAGCUAAGUUAAAACCUAAGAAUUGUACGAUAACUCAGCAUCGUUAAAGCUGAAACUCAAACAUGAUGAAAAAAUAUACGUUAUACGUGAAAUAA